CUCAAAUAACUUUUUGUUGAGAGAUCUUAAAUAUGUUUCAAAUGGAACCUUAUGACACUACUGAUACAGACACUACAGCCUCACCUAUUUCUAAUCAACGUCGUGAUGAUUAUGGUCGUAAUAGAAAUAAUGGCGGCAAUGGUGGUGGUCCUAUAAGAGAUAACCGAGGAGGAGGAGGAGGAGGAAGACGUGAGAGAUAUGACAGUAGACCACCUUACAAUAAGAAUCGUCCUAAUCGUAAUUCUAAAAAGAAUGAGUAUCAAGACGACAGAUUUGGCUAUGAUGAUGAUAAGUCUCGUUUACCCCCUCAUAUUGAGUCAAGAGUUGCCCGUGAGAGACCAUGUAGAACACUGUUUGUAAGAAAUGUUCAGUAUGGCAUCACUGAGAGUGAAAUCCGUAAUUUAUUUGAAAAGUUUGGUGAAGUCAAAGAUGUCUUCAAUCUGAUCGAAAACAGAGGCAUGAUCUUUAUAACUUAUUACGAUGUUCGCUGCGCAGAAUCAGCAAAGAACAAUAUGCAAGGUGUCAUCUUACGUGACAGACAGAUUGACGUUCACUAUUCUUUGCCAAAAGAAGAGGAAGAGAAAGCUAAAUGUGACAGAACUAAGAAUCAGGGCACUCUUCUCUAUACUCUGAAAAAUUCAUCUUCACCUUUAGAUGACAAUGAGCUGCAUCAGUACUUUUCACAAUUCGGUGAAGUUAAGGCCAUUCGUAUACCUAACUUUAAGAAGGCGCAUCUUGCCCAGAAUUACGACAGAAACCAACGGCUGAUUGAGUUUUUUGAUUCAAGAGCUUGUGUUGCUGCUUACGAUGGUACUAUUGAUAAAGAAUACAAAGGAGGUCGUUGGGACGUUGCAUUCUUCUGGGACCAUCCGUAUAAGGAGCGCAUCAAUGCUGGUAAAAGAGAAAGGUUGGAUAGAAAAGAGAGGGAAAAAGAAAGAGAUAGAGAUAGGGUCGUUAGACAUCGUCGUGAUAGUUACGAUCGCCACUAUACUAGUUCCUCCGCUCCAGUUCAUCAUGUACCCAUGCAAGCUUCACCCAUCCCUCCUACACCUUCAACCGCCGCCAGUUCUAUCCCUCCUAUAACAUACACUACUCAGGGAUUACCUCUUGAAUUAAGCCAGAGAUUAGAACAGGCACAAAAGGCGCAACAAAUCUUAUCCAUGUUGGCUACCCAGCAGAGUGGUUAUCCUAGCUUGAGUGGUUCACCUAUUUCUGUUGCACAGCAACAGCCUCAGUUACUUCAGCAACCCUAUGUUCAACCACCAAUAACUCCUGCUAGUGCUGCAGCCAGUACUAAUACUUCCAGUACAGAUGAUCAAGCAAGUCAAGUCCACCAAUUGUUGGGUCUAUUGUCUCAAGCAGCUGCUCAGCAGCAACAACAGCAUCCUCAUAUGCAUCAACAAACGCAGCCAGCCCUUCAAGAUGUUCAAUAUUCACUUUAUUCACAGCAAGCUCAACAGCAACCGUUAGUCGCUGCUGCCCCCAUUCCUGGUAUGGAUGCUGCUACUGCCUUAUCCAAGUUGGCACAAAUACUUCAACAACAACAACAACAAUCUCAAAAUCAAUAAGAAAGAGGCUGUAUGUGUGUUUCUUUAUUUUUUUUUUUUUCUUUCAUUUUCCUGCAAAACUCGUUAUUCAAAACAGCACUUUUUUUAUUUAAAUAAACACUGAACCAUUUAUGGCAAAAACCUAAAUGAAGCCAGG